UUUCUAUCCCUGCCUUCUGAAACUCUUAUUAUAUAAGGUUGCAUGAUUUGGUAGAUUCAUUAAACCCAUACAACAUAUCCCAAAUCCAUCAAAAACUGUUGAAAAUGUCAGAAUUACUAGAGAAAGAACAAAACCAAGAGACAUUUGGUUGGGCAGCCAGGGACCCUUCAGGAAUCCUCUCUCCCUUCCAUUUCCAUAGAAGGACUAAUGGAGACUUUGAUGUAACAAUCAAGAUACUUUAUUGUGGGAUUUGCCAUUCUGACCUACAUGUAGUUAGAAAUGAGUUUGGAAUCUCUCUCUACCCUGUUGUUCCUGGGCAUGAAAUUGUGGGUGUAGUGACCCAAGUGGGUGACAAAGUGCAAAAAUUCAAGCUUGGAGACAAAGCAGGUGUGGGUUGCUUUGUAGACUCAUGUGGUAAAUGCAAGCACUGCAAGGAAAACUUAGAAAACUACUGUCCUAAAGCCAUAACCACAUACACAACAGCAAUGUUCAAUGGUGAUACCAACAAAAACUAUGGCGGAUUCUCGGAUAUUUACGUUGUUAACGAGCAUUUCGUGGUCCAAAUCCCGGAUACUCUGCCAUUAGAAGGCGCAGUCCCGCUACUUUGCGCUGGGAUUACUGUUUUUAGCCCCAUGAAAUACUUUGGACUUGACAAGCCAGGAAUGCAUGUUGGUGUGGUUGGUCUUGGAGGAUUAGGGCAUGUAGCAGUCAAGUUUGCUAAGGCUUUUGGGAUGAAGGUGACUGUAAUCAGUACUUCUGAGAGGAAAAGGGAGGAAGCAAUCCAGCACCUUAAAGCUGAUCACUUUAUAUUGAGCCAUGACUCGGAGCAAAUGCAGUGUGGGGGAGUUGGAUGGCAUUCUGGACACAGUUUCUGCAGCACAUCCAUUGAUGCCAUUAGUGGACCUGUUGAACACAGAUGGGAAGCUAAUACUGUUGAGUGCAUCAAGUUUGGACAAACCAGUGGAAGUGAAUGUUGUGCCUCUGCUUGUUGUAAAAAUGAUGCAGGGAGGAAGGGGAUUGGAGGAAGUUCAGGAGGAGGAAUGAAGGAGACACAAGAGAUGAUAGAUUUUGCAGCAGAGAAAGAAAUAAUUGCAGAUGUUGAAGUUGUUUCAAUGGAUUAUGUGAACCAAGCCAUGGAGAGGCUCAAAAUGGGAGAUGUCCAUUACAGAUUUGUCAUUGACAUUGGAAAUACCCUCCACGCACAUUGAGUUCUGUUGUCAUCUCUUAUUAAAUUCUGUUGAAUACAUAAAAGUUUCCGUCUCUGUUGACACA